GAUUAAAGAGAGUGCUUGAUUUUUAAACAGCAAUAAUAUUUUCUUGCAGCGCAGGCAAGCACCGCUUCCGAUCACACUCCGCCGGCUUCGUGCGAGAACCCUAAGUACAUUUGGAAGUCCGUCACUACAAUAUUAGCACAAUGAGCCGUGGAACUGGUGCCGGAUACGAUCGCCACAUCACCAUCUUCUCCCCUGAGGGCCGCCUCUACCAAGUCGAGUAUGCGUUCAAAGCGGUCAAGGCUGCUGGCGUCACGUCCAUCGGGGUGAGAGGGAGGGAUUCAAUCUGCGUGGUUACACAGAAGAAGGUUCCGGAUAAAUUGUUGGACCAAACCAGCAUCACUCAUCUCUUUCCUAUCACCAAGUACCUUGGUUUGCUAGCCACGGGGAUUACAGCUGAUGCAAGGUCUCUUGUUCAGCAAGCAAGGAAUGAAGCAGCGGAAUUUCGCUUCAAAUGGGGAUAUGAGAUGCCUGUUGAUGUGCUUGCCAAGUGGAUAGCUGACAAAUCACAGAUAUAUACACAGCAUGCUUACAUGCGACCACUUGGAGUAGUUGCAAUGAUAUUGGGCAUUGAUGAAGAAAAAGGACCUCAGCUAUUCAAGUGUGACCCUGCUGGUCAUUUUUUUGGCCACAAGGCAACAAGUGCUGGAUUGAAGGAGCAAGAGGCAAUCAACUUUCUGGAGAAGAAAAUGAAGAAUGAUCCUGCAUUCUCAUAUGAGGAGACUGUGCAGACUGCAAUAUCUGCCCUGCAAUCAGUUCUACAGGAGGACUUCAAGGCAACAGAGAUCGAGGUGGGAAUUGUGAGAAAGGAUGAUCCUAUUUUUAAAGUGCUAUCUGUAGAGGAGAUUGACGAGCAUCUUACCGCCAUCAGCGAGCGAGACUGAACUGAAAUUUUCAUCAAAAUUAUAUAUUACAGUUUCUGCAAAUACGACUUGGGGACUUAAAUCAUAAAAAGUCUGUAUUUGAAUACAAUUUUACAUUUCACCCCCACCCCCCCAAUCACAGUAUUUGUAGUUUUUUAUCACAAGAGUUCUCAGGACCUGUUAAUUGUACCGUCACGUUUCUUAUGAUUCACCUUAAUUGCUGCUUGCAUUUGUUUUUAGUCCCAGGCACUCAUAUUUUGCA